UAGAUUGAAUCGCCCGCGUUUGUUGCCCGGCACACGGCAGCUUGUACUUCCGGGUGAGGGGUCGGAGUGCGAGGCUGUGGAGCUCAGCAUGGCCGCCCUGUCCUUCAUGCUGCCGGCCAGAGCGGGUGUCUUCGCACCGUGCUACAGCCCACUGGCGGUCUUUGCAAGGUUUGCUUCUAAGAAGUCGGGGGGAAGCAGCAAGAAUUAUGGAUCGGGCAGUCCCGGUCGAAGAUACGGAUACAAGAAGAUGGAUGGAAGUUUUGUCCACGCCGGGAACAUCCUCGCCACCCAGCGAGGCAUCCGCUGGCAUCCAGGAGCGCAUGUUGGAAUCGGGACCAACAAAACAUUGUAUGCCCUCGAAGAUGGCACUGUGAGAUUCACCAAGGAGGUGUAUAUUCCCAGCCCUCGGAGCGUGGAAGCGGUCAAACUUAUCCGAAAGCUCCCCAAGGGCGCGGUCCUCUACAAGACCUUCAUCAACGUGGUGCCAGUCAAGCAAGAGGGGAAAUUCAGACUUGUGGGAAUGCUCUGAAAACGGACUCUAAAUUCCUGUAUGCCAGCUGGAGAGCUGUAUGUAUUUAUUUUUAUAUUUGUCGGAUGGCGUUGUCAUUGGUUGACGAGUGCUAAAUGCAGGUACUCCAAUAAAUCAUUUUUCAUGCUUUAA